GAAGGGGGUGUUUGGAGGCACCAUGUCGGGCCGGGAAGGUGGCAAAAAGAAGCCCCUGAAACAGCCCAAGAAGCAGGCCAAGGAAAUGGACGAGGAAGAUAAGGCUUUCAAGCAGAAACAAAAAGAGGAGCAGAAGAAACUCGAGGAGCUAAAAGCCAAGGCCGCGGGGAAGGGACCCCUGGCCACAGGUGGAAUUAAGAAAUCUGGCAAAAAGUAAGCUGUUCCUCAUAUCUGAGAUGAUGGUGACCCUCUUCCAUUCCUAUUUAAACAUCUGGAUUCCCUGCCAUAACAUCUUUGCCAUCUACAGCUAGAAUGAAGUGUUAUCCUGGAGCCUGUUAAACAUCUGGAUUCCCUACUAUAACAUCAUUGCCACCUACAGUUAGAAUGAAGUGUUAUCCUGGAGCCUGUUGUACAUUGUAAUAAACUUUUGUAAAAAAAACAAAUAAUAAUAAAAUAAAUAAUACAAAUGGC